AUGGAAUCGUACGUGGGCACGAUUCAAGAACGUCCCAGCAAAGCUGGCCAAAACGCGUUUCAGCUGUCGAAACAGUGGUGGGGUGGAGAUAUUACCAAAUACCGAUACAACAAUUUCAUCAAAGAGAAGGAACAAAUAAACACGAGUGAAACCGUUAACGCUGAAGCAAUUCGAUGGCCAAAUAAAUUGAUUCCGUACAAGUUUUACGAGAGAACAGAUCCCAUUACCAAGAAAUUCGCCGAAGAUGCGAUGGAGGACAUUGAAUCCAAGACCUGUGUGCGCUUCGUACCGCUCACCUACGAAGAAGACUACAUUAAAAUUUCCCCGGGCGCUUCGUGUGCUGCAUCCGUUGGUUAUCAAAAGGGUGAACAGAUUGUCUCUCUGAAUCCCGGAUGUCAGGAUGAUAUCGGUGCCACACAACACGAAUUCCUGCACGCACUGGGCAUGAUCCACGAGCAAGCCCGACCUGACCGGAAUUCUUACGUUUACAUCAAUUACAGCAACAUGCUCCCAGAAGCGGGUAUCCGCGAGCAGUUUUACAUUUUCUCCAACGCUGAGGUCACCGAUCUCGGUAUCCCGUACGAUUAUGACUCGGUGAUGCAUUACCCCGUUAACGCCUUCGCCAUUGACAACAACCAUCCCACCGUGAUCCCCCGACAGCGCGACAAGAGGAUCGGCAACCGUGUGAAACUCAGCAAACUGGACAUCCGCCGGAUAAAUAGACUGUACCGGUGCGACGAUAAUCCCUUGGAUUAUCAGGAAAAGCCGAUACCCCCGGAGGUGGAUGCCAAGUACCGGGCGACUUUUAAGAACUACAGUAAGCUGUGUGAUGGUGUCAAGGAUACUCCGGAAGGCUGGGAUGAGCGACCAGGUGUGUGUUUGCGCAUGUGCAGCCGCUUGGAUGCGGUCACGCUGGGCCCGGAUGGGAGAAAUUUGUUUAACAUGCAAGGAACAAAACGAUGCCGCGCGAAGAAUACGCUAUGUACCGGUAAAGAUGAUACAUCGCAACCGGAUUGUGCAAGGUACUGCCGGCUUGGUGGUUAUUUUACAAUGCCGGACACUGGGCAGUGCUUGCAUGUGUCCAAGUUAUGUGAUGGAAAGAAUGAUACGAAAAACGGCAUGGAUGAAAAUGCAACGUUAUGCCGUGAUCUAUGCCUGUCAAAAAGUACCGGUUUAAGUGGAGAUUUAUUUUCCUUCCCUGAAGACGGCAACCGGUGCAUGUCUAAAACGAAGCUGUGCAACGCGUUAUAUCCGGGACCGUUAUCCAAUACAACUAACUGCGCAAAAUACUGCAAAGGAAACGGCUACGCUCCGGUCGGGAAAACAAUGCAGUGUUUACACUGGAACCAGCUUUGCGAUGGUCACGUCGAUAUUCCCACAGCGGAAGACGAAGAUCCAGCCAUUUGUAAAUCUGAUUGUGAGGCUGCCAUGAAAGAAAGCGAUGGUGAACUGUAUAUUGCUCCAAAAACUUCCCGGUGCAUGAGCAAAAGGUCACUGUGCGAUGGGGAGCAAUUUGAUGCGCAAGAUACAUCGGAAGAAACAGAAACGUGCCUGGCACAGUGUCACGGUUCUGGUUACAUUAAUACGGUAGACACUGAUCAGUGCAUCCGCUUGACCGAUCUCUGCGAUGGGAAAAUGGAUAGUCGCACUGGAUGGGAUGAGCGCAGUGAUAAUUGCCGGGAGUACUGUAAAAAUGCACCGGAUUGGCCUCCGGAAGGACAGACGUUGCAGGUCAAUCCGGACACGUGGCGGUGUGAACUGGUUAACGGAAGCAGAAAUGCCGAGGUUACACCGGCCCCGGCUACGACUGAUCCUAACAAGGACAAACGGAUCACAAUUUUAUCGCGGGGGCAUAAAAUUAUGGGUUGUUCGGAAGACACUCAGAGGAUAAAAAUUGUUUCGGCGAAAUAUACUGCGGAUGAACCGGAUCCGGCGUGUCCCGACACCGACGAGUUCCGGCAAGUGGCGGAUAAAUGUGACCAGAUGCAGUUGUGCGGAUUCGAUCCGCUCGAUCCAUCGAAAACGCCGGGCUGCAUGGAACGCGCCAUGGAAGUUGUUUACCGCUGUACAGAGGCGAAAUUCACCUUCGAAAUUGAUCCAGGAACAGCCAAAUUAACCGGAGGCGGUCCGGACAAGUAAACCCGAAUUGUGCAGAAAAGUAUCUGCCUAAUACACGCGGAUAUAGUUAUCAAGUUGUCAGUUUUCAGUUUUGACAGAAAUGAAUUUCCAGGCCGUUUCUUAAGCAUGUGUAUUGCGAGUAAUUUGUACGUUCAUAAUAAAGUGUUUGUAAAUUAUACAUUCUUGACUGCGUUUUG